CCUGAGAUUUCUUAAUGCCUCUGCCAACAAACUGGAAAUGCUUCCUCCAGCCACUCUUUCUGAAGAAACCCAUAGCAUCUUACAGGAGUUGUAUUUGACCAGUAACAACCUCACAGAUAAAUGCGUCCCCUUGUUAACAGGCCAUCCGCACCUGAAAAUCUUGCACAUGGCUUACAAUCGCCUACAGAGCUUCCCUGCGAGCAAAAUGGCCAAGCUGGAAGAGUUGGAGGAAAUUGAUAUUAGUGGGAACAAACUGAAAGCCAUUCCAACAACUAUCAUGAACUGCAGACGUAUGCAUACUGUAAUUGCUCACUCCAACUGCAUCGAAGUCUUCCCAGAAGUCAUGCAGCUUUCUGAAAUAAAGUGUGUGGACCUAAGCUGCAAUGAACUGAGUGAAAUCACAUUGCCUGAAAACCUGCCGCCAAAACUACAAGAGCUGGACCUGACUGGAAAUCCCAGAUUAGCCUUGGAUCACAAAACCCUGGAGCUGCUGAACAAUAUCCGUUGCUUCAAGAUCGACCAGCCCUCGGCCGGUGAUGCUUCAGGAGCGCCGGCAGUGUGGAGCCAUGGUUACACAGAAGCAUCGGGCGUUAAGAACAAGCUGUGUGUGGCAGCGCUUUCAGCCAAUAACUUCUGUGACAACCGGGAGGCACUUUAUGGUGUGUUUGAUGGUGACCGCAACGUGGAAGUGCCAUAUCUGCUGCAGUGCACAAUGAGCGACAUCUUAGCAGAAGAGCUGCAGAAAACAAAAAAUGAGGAAGAAUACAUGAUCAACACUUUCAUUGUUAUGCAGAGGAAACUUGGAACAGCUGGACAAAAACUUGGAGGCUCUGCUGUCCUUUGCCACAUAAAACAUGAUCCCAUGGACCCUGGUGGAUGCUUCACGCUAACCUCAGCGAACGUGGGGAAGUGCCAAACUGUUCUCUGCCGGAAUGGGAAACCUCUGCCUUUGUCCAGGUGUUACAUGAUGAGUUGUGAAGAAGAGCUGAAGAGGAUUAAGCAGCAUAAGGCCAUUAUCACAGAGGAUGGCAAAGUGAACGGUGUGACGGAUUCAACAAGAAUCUUGGGGUACACCUUCCUUCACCCAAGUGUUGUGCCGCGUCCUCACGUCCAGUCCAUCACCUUAACUCCGCAAGAUGAGUUCUUCAUUCUGGGGAGCAAGGGGCUGUGGGACAGCCUCUCGAUGGAUGAAGCAGUAGAGGCAGUCAGGAACGUGCCUGAUGCACUGGCAGCCGCGAAGAAGCUUUGCACUUUGGCCCAGAGUUAUGGCUGUAAUGACAGUAUCAGCGCUGUCGUGGUUCAGCUCAACGUGACAGAGGACAGCUUCUGCUGCUGUGAACUUAAUGGGGUCCCACCCCCCAGCCCAGGCAUUUUCCCCCAGUCUGUCAACGUGGUCAUCAAGGACAGGCCAACAGAUGCGCUUGGGAUGCCAUCUUCGAGCAGCGGCAUGGCUUCAGAGAUCAGCAGUGAGAUCUCCACCUCUGAAAUGAGCAGCGAGGUGGGUUCCACGGCCUCCGAUGAGCCUCCCCAGGUAGCCAUGAAUGAGAACAGCCCGGCCUACCCGGGGGAGCAGCGCUGCAUGCUGCACCCCGUCUGCCUUUCUAAUUCUUUCCAACGUCAGCUCUCCAGCGCCACCUUUUCCAGCGCCUUCUCCGACAACGGGCUUGACAGCGACGAUGAGGAGCCGAUUGAGGGGGUGUUCACCAACGGCAGCCGUGUGGAAGUGGAGGUGGAUAUCCACUGCAGCCGAGCAAAGGAGAAGCAGCUUCUCCAAGUGCCGGUGGAAGCCAGUGACGAAGGUAUCGUCAUCAGUGCCAACGAAGACGAGCCCGGCCUUCCCAGGAAAGCUGAAUAUUCUGCCACGGGCACAAUAGGGCGCCGGCGGGGCAACGGUUCUGUGGCACCACAAGAGAGGAGCCAUAACUUAAUUGAAGUUGCAACGGACGCGCCGCUCAGAAAAACAGGGGGCUACUUCGCUGCUCCAGCACAACCCGAUCCCGACGACCAGUUCAUCAUCCCACCAGAGCUUGAAGAAGAAGUCAAGGAGAUUAUGAAGCAGCACCAGGAACAACAACAACAGCAGCAGCAGCAACAGCAGCAGCAGCAGCGGCAGUAUCCAAUGGACCACCCGGCAGACUAUUAUGAUACACCACUAUGACCCACUCUAUUUACUGCUCAGAAAUAAACUAACAAAUAAGGAGACUUGAGUGCGGGACCCAGUGGGCUCACAUUACAGCAGGGGUUUUCCUUAUCCUUUUCAUUUAUAUACUUCCUUUUCCUUAUCCUGCCACUACAGAUAACUGCAGCUUUUCAGUUUGUUAGGUUUAAUAUUCAUCAACUUUCUUCUAGAGACGCUUGACCGGUAAAGUUUAAAAUAGUUAACCUUCCCUUAACAUAUCAAGUGUAAAAACAAAAAACGAAAAAUAAUAAAAAAAUAAAAAGGUUUAAUAUAUUGUUGAGAAACAGAUGAUGAUGUAAUAUUUUUUAAAAUGGCUUGUUUGUUUUGUUUGAAAAGCAGGGCAGUAGCCAGUGCUAAAUGAUUUAAGUAAUAUUGUAAUACUGUAUUUCUUUGAGAGAAAAGGCUUUUUUUGGUCUUGAAAAUGAUAGACAUUUGUAGAAUAUGGAGACUAACUCCUAGGAGUUGCUUUACUCUUUCAGGUGACUUAAGUCACUGAGAUUCACUAAUUUUCUCUGAGAGAACAGUUGAUUGGGAAAUUCCUGUAAAUAGCUCAGUGUUGUAUAGUGAUGCUUACAUGUUUUGUAGCCUUGGCAUUAAGGACACAACCUGAAAAACUGACCUUUUUUUCUUAAGCGACUCUUUAGGCCAUGGUCAUUGAGCGUAACGGACUGAGUGGCUGCGUACAAGUUAGCUAGAGCCGAGAUGGUGUAGACCAUUUAAAGAAACCCACUUUUUCCUCUGGUGUCUUUCUUUCCUUACUUUCACAGACACGUUUUGUUUGUGUUCCUUACUGCUGCCACAACCAGCAUGAUUGUAUAGAGCUCAUUUGCUGUAGAACAUUUACAUACCAAGAGUUAUAUUAAAGCCGAAUGCACAAAUGAACAUGUCAUAAUUUUUGUUAUAAUAAAUAUGAAAUUUACACCCGA